UUUUUAACGUUUGUGGCUUUUCCUUUCUCUCCCGAGGCCAGUCGUUGCUUUGACCGGACUUCAAAGCCCUCCAAGGCAUCUGACACGAAGCCGCGAUCCCCUCCCCGCUCCUCUGCGAUUGCAGCCUGACAGACUAAUUCAGUGACUCUUCUCCCUUUCCGCCCUUGGGUUUAAACGUGCAAGAGAGCGGAGCUAGUCGGGGCGCUUUAAUUUAGAAAAAAAAAAUGAAAAAAAAUAAAUCCAAGGGAGCAUCCGGAGAUACGACGCUGCCGGAGAUGGUUUGCAGCGGCGCAACGCGCGCAAGCUCACAUUUCGCCCGAGGCGCCUUAUGUGUUAGGCUCAGGUGUUUGCUGUUGUUCAAGUGGGCAUCAUGGCUGAAGCAAGACAACCCAUUCAUCUUCUAGAUGUUUGCAAUCAAAAAUUCUCAGAAUUCUUGUUCAAUGCUGAGCAUAAGUGCUUGGUGUGGUUGAGAGAAAUUGAGGAAGAAGCCAUGAAGAUAUUUGAUAGUAACAACUUUAGUACCGAACCUGAACUGAUGCCCAAAACACCAUCUCAGAAGAAGUAUCGGAAAAAGAAGCGGUCUUCAUUGUUUAAGGAUGAAAAUAAAGAACUAAUUAGAAAAAGAUUAUCUAAAGGACAUGGCAGUUUAAAGACUGAAUCUUUUCAGAAGGUUUCUCCAAGAAGAGUACUGAAUAGCCUCAAUGUGGGAGAUGCAAUAUCUUUGCCAGAUAUUAUGACGAACUCUUCUAAGGGAACUUCAAAAGUACAGUCUGACAGGAUAGCUAUGGGUCCAGUAGGGGAACCACUUGGUACUGGCUGCUGUAAAAUUGGUGAAAUACAGGAAAAAAGGAAUGAGGGCAUGAAUGGAAUCCCUGAAAUUUUUAUUGCGCAUUCAGAUGACCAUUUAGCUGAUAGUUCAAGGGUCACUGAGAUUCCCAUUAUGUUAGACAGUCCUGCAAUGCUAGUUCCGAACAUCGCUGAUCCAAUAAAGGCAGAAAAAAAUGGGAAUGCAUCAAGAUUACCAAGUAUACCCACUCUAAAAGAAUCUUUAAAUGGGAAGCACACAUCCGGAGAAGAGAUUCCACCCCAAGAAUUACUUAAUAAUAAUUUGGAUCCAGAAGGAGAACUCUCCCAAGGCCUGAAAGAAAGUUCUGCUGCCUCCGCAGGGUCUUUGUCAGGCCAUCGUCGUCUAAGUAGACCACACAAAACUCCAAGGAUCUCACUGGUGGAAAAAUACUCACUGAGCAAUAAAAGAAAAAGCACAAUUCGAAAAUCCAUCAGCAGGACAAUUGCCAGGAAGCAAGUAGCUCAGGACUCAUCAUCUGCUUCAAGUCGAGUAAGCUGCCAUAGUUCCACUGAAAUAUUUUUGAAUGAUGAAAACCACAAGGAUGGGCCUUUGACACAGAAUGCUGAAUUAGGAGAGCCUCUGAACAGUCUACAAAAAGAGCCUUGUGCUCUGGAUGCAUCUAGUCUAAUUGUUAGCACUCCUAUGCACAACCCAACACAAUUUGAGAGGCACCAAGACAAGACUUGCAAUAAAGACAGACUUGAGACUAUUAUUACUGACUCCUACAUCAGUAAUUCUGAAGAUUUAGCCAGGAACAACAGUUCCCAUGAACCAAUGCAGAAUAUCCGGAAGCAAAGUUAUAGACAAGCAGUGGAGGACCUACCUGCUCCUUCAUGCACAGAAGAUAAAAAUCCUAGUCCUUUCAGUCAUACAACCACAUCCACUUCUGCAAAGAAAAUGCUGCCAACAUCUGGCCCAUCCAAGAUAAUACAACCUUUCAAAAACUUCUUUCAAACCAUGCAAAAGAAUCAGCUUCUCAAAUCUCCUGGGUCUUCAGGGAACAAAGUCCCCAAACAUAGUACUCCCUGUAAAUCUGCCACCAAGGAAAAGGAGCGCCAGCGUCUGGAGAGUCUUCGAAAAAAACAAGAAGCAGAGCAACAGAGAAAGCAGAAAGUGGAGGAAGAAAAGAGACGUCGAUUGGAAGAGAUAAAACUAAAACGUGAAGAGCGACUGCGAAAGGCAUUGCAAGCUCGAGAACGAGUAGAGCAGAUGGAGGAAGAAAAAAAGAAGAGAAUGGAACAGAAAUUUUCUCAGCUUGAUGAAAGAAAUGACAAGAUGCGAGAGGAGAAAACAGCAGAAGAAAAAACAAAGAAAUCUAUAAAGAAAAUAGAAGCAGAAUUCCGAAAACUGAAACUGCCACAAAUGGAAGAAGGGCCAAAGCUUCAAGAACGUCCAGAAAAAUGGAGAACAAUUGGGGAAAUUAAGAAAAUGCUGGAAAUCAAUUGCAAUAGACAGGAAAAGGGGCACCAAAGGCACCAAGAUAAAGAGAAGCUGGUGAAAGUUCAGGAACUCACUAUAGUUAAGGAAGAGGAAGAAAACGUAAAGGAAGAAGAGAAUCCUGCUUCACAGGCUCAGCUGCAGCAGGACGAGACAGCUGUGCAGGUGGAAACUGUCCCUGCUGCAUGUGGGUGGCUGAAUAUAACUGCUCAGAAAUGUUAUAGUGGGAGUUCCAACCAAGUGGAUGCCCAAGGUCUGAAAGAUACAAAGUCUCUCAAAAUCAAUCUGAAUGACUAUGGAAUGGAUCUCAAUAGCGACGAUUCCACUGAUGAUGAGAGUCAACCUAGCAAACCCAUCCCUUUGUGGGCCAGCGGGGUUCAACUUAAUGAAGCUGUUACAUACCAGUACUACAAUCCUCCAGAUAUCAACAGGUUAUUUGGUCUCAUAUCAAGCCCUAAGCUAGAGAAUAUCUUCUAUAAAAGUAAGCCAAGGUAUUUCAAGCGUACAAGUUCAGCUGUAUGGCAAUCGCCACCUCUUCCCGGAUCCAAACCAGCCCUCCGGAUGUCCAACAGCAUGAAAAAAUACUGAAACUAUUUCUUGUCUCACUACACUUAUGUUGCAUCUGUAAAUCAUUUUAGUAUUUUGUGUGUUAUAUAAUAAAGGUUGAAAUGUUAUAUCUAUCUUUAGCAUUUCAGGUAACUAUGAUUUGCUUCAUAUUAUGUUCCAAGGGAUUCAUAGUAUUUUCUAGCAUUUGUACUAAUGAGGAAAAAAUUAACAGUAGUCAUAAUCUGAUAUAUUGUUGGUUGGUCUUCUCAUUAUGUUACCCAAUACUAAAAGAUUCUUAACUUUGAGAAUUGAUUGUUACACUAAUUGGAAGUGCUUCUACCAAGCCAUCUUGGAUGGUUUAUUUCUGUUUUCUAAUUCUGUUCUGGCUUAUGCAUGUUAUACCCAAAGUUUUAUAAUUAGAUCAAUGCAUAUAGAUUCACUUCCCUAAAAGGAUAUGCUUUCCUGUUAUGUGACAUACAGAAUUGUAUAGAUUCACAAAUAAAUGUUUUGCUUGUUUUCUAGAAAGCCAGUGAGUUCAGGGAUUUUACAUUUCAUGAUUACAGUACUUGCUUGUCAAAGGGUAAAUAUAGGUAUUUAGUUGAAAUAACCUGUAUCUAAUUUAUGACCAGUGCCUGCCGUAUGUUUCACUGUGCAAAGAGAUUGAAGAUUUUUUUGCUAGCAUCUUGAUUUGUAGAGAUGUAAGUCUUAUUUUCUGCUCUUUGUUUUGACAAUGAAGGGUUUUGCAUUCUAUAUUUUAAAUAUGGGGUAGCUUGUGCCCCCUGAAAUUUUAAUAAUUGUUCUUUUGGUUUCAUUUUUGAGGAAAUAAAUUUGGGGGUUGUUUCAUCAUAAUCAAUGAGAGGAAGGAGCAAUCCUUCCUUAUACUUCAAAAUGAAAAUUCAUGCUACAUCAACAUACUUUAAUUAGUACCUUCUCAGCAAUUAUACAUAAAAGACAUCCAUGUAUGAGAGGUCCAAUUCAAGUAGUAUAGGCAACUCUUAGUUUAAAAAAAAAAUGAACCAAGAUACUUACUGUUCUACAGGGAGUUGAUAGAAUUAAUGGGAGCAGAUUUUCAUUGUAUCUUUUUUUGUUUUUGUUGCAGACAGGGACAAUCUGUUUAAUCAGACCAUCUUCAUUCUUUCUGUGUCUUUUAAACAGUUUUGAAAUUAAUGGACUAGAGACUAUAUAUGUCUGCAUGAUAAAUAUAAAUGGGAUAUCUAUGCAUUAAUAAAGAUGGAGAAGAUGUGAAAGUGUUUAAUUGCCUUCAGUUUGCAUCCCUCUCUUGUUUUGCUUUUCAACUAUUCAUGCUAACCUUUAUAACUUGUAUCAGAAUAGAUUUCUUUUGGUUUUCUCUGUUCCAAUUUGGAUAUGCUUAACAACAAAGCAGAAGGAAGAAAAAUUUGAAUCUGCGUAAUGACGGAAAGAUGUUUGGUAAUUCUGGAAGAGAGGAAAGAGAGACAAACAAAAAACCCUUGUUCAAGACUGCCUGCUAGGGUCAUGAGUCACCUCAAACAUCAAUUAAAAAAACUCAUUCCAACUCAGCAUCUUUUGUUUGCAUAAAUUUAAUACUUUAUGGGCAUAAUGUAAUUUAUACUUUAAUCUGUAUUUAAGACUGCAGACAUUGAUUCAAAACUAAUGGAUUGUAUUUCUUUGUACUUUACCAAUUGCAUAAUUGUGUGGGAAGUUUUUGUUUUUGGUAUCUGAGUAAAAUGGACAGGGCAGCUAGUACUGAAUGAUCAUUUGAUAUAAAACACAGCAACCAAUUGAUCUCUGGAAAAAUUAAGAGAAUCCAGGUAAUACCUAUAUUAAAAGGAUUGCAUUUACUAUCAAUUUGUUCCUGAACAAAAUUCCAUAGUAUUAGUUUUAAAAUCUCAUAUGGCUUCAUUUCUGGAUAAUUAAGAAAAUACAUUUGUUUCCCCAUUCUUUGAGAUUAUCUGUGGUUGCUAAGGACUUGUCUCACACAAUAGAAUCAAUCUUCCCUAUAGUCAGGCAUCCUAAUCUCUUUCUUACCUUACAAAAUGAGGUCAUAAAAUCACA